CUUGGGCAGGCCUGCUCUCCCAGCUGUGCCUGCACCCCCGCUGGCCAUGGUGGUUUCCAGAGGCCCCCCAGCCCCAGGUGGGGGCUGUCUCAGGAUCGUCACCCCCUUGCUGCUUCUGGCUUCUUCAGCCGCCCUCCGUGCUGCGGAGAUAGCCGCACCCCCAGCCUGCGGGAAGCCCCAGCAGCUGAACCGGAUCGUAGGUGGCGAGGACAGCACCGACGCCCAGUGGCCCUGGGUCGUGAGCAUCCAGAAGAACGGCACCCACCACUGUGCGGGCUCCCUGCUCAGCAGCCGCUGGGUGGUCACGGCUGCCCACUGCUUCAAGGGCAAUCUGAACAAACCAUCUGAGUACUCUGUGCUGCUGGGGACCUGGCAGCUGGGGAACCCUGGCCCCAGGUCCCAGGAGGUGGGGAUCGCCUGGGUGCUGUCCCACCCUGUGUACUCCUGGAGAGAGGGCUCCCGCGCCGACAUCGCCCUGGUGCGCCUGGAGCACUCCGUUCGCUUCUCCGAGCGAAUCCUGCCCAUCUGCCUGCCCGACUCCUCCGUCCACCUCCUUCCCAACACGCGCUGCUGGAUUGCGGGCUGGGGGAGCGUCCGCGAUGGGGUGCCCCUGGCCCAUCCCCAGACCCUGCAGAAGCUGGAGGUCCCCAUCAUCGACUCGGAAAUCUGCAGCCGCCUGUACUGGCGAGGAGCCGGCCAGGAAGCCAUCACCGAGGACAUGCUGUGCGCUGGCUACCUGGAGGGGCAGCGAGAUGCCUGUCUGGUGAGCACCCCACCUUCUUCCCACAUUCGUCCCCCUGAGCUCCACCGCUGCCCACCCCCCCAAAUCAACUGGGACCUGCAAGCCCCCCUAGAUGCCUCCACGUGGCUCGGCCGUCCAUCCGUUGGGCCACACACCAAACAUCCACUGAGCAUCCUGGGUGUACCAGACCCCCUCUCUGGGCCUUCUCUUGAGGGGGCUCCUCGUCCUGGUCCCCAGCACCAGCUCCAGCACUGCGGUGGCGGACAGCAGGCGGGUGUAAGGUUAGCUCCUGGGCUUGGACGCUGUAGGUCCUGCUCACAAUUCCUAUCUGCUGCCCACGGGCGCUGGGCCAGGGGCUGUGAGCGAGGAGGUCCCCCACGGAGAGCUCCUCGCCAGGGGGUACCCCCAAGGCCUGUCCGGCCCAGGCCCCCAGGGGCCUGCUGGAGUUCCAGCACCUCUUCCUCCAGGAGAGAAAUGCACCCGCCCGCCUGCCCCCCAGGGAGCCGCCUGCCACCUGCCCUGUCCGUCUGGGCACUGUCCAGCCCUGGCCCACGUGGGCCCCUGACCUCCCCUCCUCCCCGCAGGGUGACUCCGGGGGCCCCCUCAUGUGCCAGGUAGAGGGCACCUGGCUGCUGGCCGGCAUCAUCAGCUGGGGUGAGGGCUGUGCGGAGCGCGACCGGCCCGGCGUCUACAU